AUGUCGUCUCCAAGCUCAGUGUCGCAGAGCGCCGGGAAGAGAAAGCGCAACAACACAGCCGGCGCCAUGAACAUCCAGCAAGGACAGGUUGCCCAGCCCGAGUCCCGGGACGUUUCGGCCGAGGAGGGCGACACCACAGCCCCCGAAUCCGCCCGAGCUGCCAGUGCGGCCACCGCCGGACACCCGCCCAGCAAACGCCUGCGUGGGAACCCGGACUCGGCCUCCGCACCGACAACAACAGACGCCCAGGCGGUUGACCCCGGCGAGCCUAGCGACACCACCGAAGCGAGCGCCGACAUUGCUGAGCGUGUUACUCGCAAGGGAACCCGGAAGAGCGUUGUGUCAAAGGAGGUCAGCAAUGGAAGCACCCCUUCAUUCGACAAGCCGGACGAGUCCAUGGCCCCUCCUCCAAUUGGCACCCUCACCCAUCCCGUGGGUUACAGAACAAACGAUCCCCCCACAGGCCGGCCGGUAAGAGUAUAUGCUGACGGUGUCUUUGACUUGUUCCAUCUCGGUCACAUGCGCCAGCUCGAGCAAGCAAAGAAGGCUUUCCCCGAGGUAUACUUGAUUGUGGGCGUUACUGGCGAUGAGGACACCCACCGACGCAAGGGUCUGACAGUUCUCUCUGGCAAGGAGCGGGCGGAGACGGUCAGACAUUGCAAGUGGGUGGACGAGGUGGUCGAAAGCUGUCCUUGGAUCGUCACUCCCGAGUUCCUUGAGAAGCACAAGAUUGACUAUGUUGCUCACGACGACAUUCCAUAUGGCGCCGAUGAGGGUGAUGACAUCUACGCCCCAAUCAAGGCGGCAGGCAAGUUCUUGGUGACGCAACGAACGGAGGGUGUGAGCACCACGGGUAUUAUCACCAAAAUCGUCCGUGAUUACGAGAAAUACAUUGCCCGCCAACUCAAGCGUGGAACUACCCGCCAAGAGCUCAACGUCAGUUGGCUCAAGAAGAACGAGCUUGAACUGAAGCGCCAUGUCCAGGAUCUGCGUGACAAUAUCCGCAGUAACUGGGCCACGACGGGACAGGAGCUCAGCAGGGAGUUGCGUCAGUUCUGGCCGUCUAGUCGUCCCCAGAGCCCAGCAAGAUACGGACCCAUGGCGAACAAUGGUAACGACACGCCCAGUAGCCCAUCCGGUCCUCCGUCGUUCACGGGGUACUUUAGCGGCCCGAGGAGUCCCGGUGCCACUACUACUGCUGGAGAACGGGCUACCAGCAAUGUAAACGACUUUGUGACUGGUUAUACUCUUGGUUUGAUCGGUGGUGUGAGGUCUUGGAUGACCAACAAGAACCGGAGAAGUCAAUCCCAGGACGAUGGCAGUCAGCAAGUCAGUGACGAUGAGUCUGAAGAGGGGGAGAGCAGCAAUACGAAAGAGAGCACUGAGAGAAGACGGUCUUCAGGGCAGAAUCAGCAACUGAGAUCCGGCGGCAGCAGCAGCAACUAAAAGAGGCAUGGGUUUUUCCAGAUCAUGGGAUAUUUUAUGUUUUUACGUUUGGUUAGACGAUGAUUCGGACGGGAGGCGCUGCACAAUGGUCAAGUCGAAUUGGGGGGGAGGGGGAAAGGAAGUAAUCAAAAAAGAUACACGGACUUUCAUGUGUUUGUGGGAAUGCUCUUUCUUUGCAGCAUGGUUUCUCUCUCUUUUUUGGCCUGGUCGUCUUUUUUUUUUCUUAGACGGGUAGGCAUGUACUCUUACUUAAAAGUGGUCUUUGAUUUUUGAUAAUCAGAUCAUGAUAACUUUUUUUUAAAAAAAUUUUAAUGAAGAGUAGCUGGGUUUGGGAUGGUGGAGGGUGGUGGGAGUUGAGUUAUCGUGAUCUAAAAAUGGGAAUCAACAACACGGGCACAACGUUAACUAGCUGGCAAUUGACUCUGUAGGGAA